CCAGUGCCGAAAUCAUGCGACUUCAAUCCUGCAGUGAGAGCUCCGGCAAACCCACUUCCAGUCAACGUCAACGACGACGCAAGCUUUCCCGCAGUUUCGUUUCGUCCACCACACAAACCUGCCUGCCCACAAUGGCGUCCGUCAUCUCCCGCCGUCUGUUUUCCACUUCUGUGCGCCGCUUCCAGGAGCACACCCAGCAGGAGCUCCGCAAGGAGAGCCGGCGCAACCCCGAGAUCAUGAUUCUCGGCGGUGUCAUGGUUGCUGCUCUCGGCGGCGCUGGCUUCUACUUUGGUCGCUCGCCCACUCAGUCCACGUCCGAGGCCCCCGUCAAGAUCGCCCAGGGCGGCAUGCCCUGGGAGAGCGACGCCCAGGGCAAGUACAAGUACCAUCCCGGUGGCGAUCCCAAUGCGGAGCCCCGGGACGCUCCCAGCGCUCUCAACGUCGUCGUUGUUCCCAACGUCACCCUCCCCAAGGAGCUGCACGACAAGUACAACAAGUGGGGCAAGGACGGUUACCCUUGAAGUCAUCUCAAAUCUGUCUGCUGUUGAGCUGUGCCUUGGGUGGAAGUAACGAGACGUGGUUGUUGGGGACUCAUUCAUACGAUAGACACCCGAGAAGAGCGGGACAUGAUGAAGAAGAUGGGACGGCUUGUCACCUGUCCGUGUAGAUGUACUGUUAAAGCUGGAGCUCUAACAUUGAUUCAUGUAUGAUCUGCGACGAUGGCGCACCACCAAAGAGAAGACGACAUCUGUCUCUCUUGGUCACAUUGAGCUUGGUGGCUGUGAUGUAGAAACCUUUGCGACAUGCCGAGACUGUACGGACAGUUAAAAAGAGUUACUAGCCUACGCCAUGCUAUCCUGUCCAUGAAUGGGCGCACCAUGCCCAUCUCUAGCUGCUACAGCAGAAGGCAUGCUUUGCUGAAACGUCUUCUCGCACCAACCUUCCUGACUGCGCCAAACAAACUUCGUGGUCGCCUCACACGCCCGACACUC